UUAAAACGCGCCAUUAUGAUCGGCUCUAAGAAGAAAACGAAAAAGGCGAAUUUAUUCAAGGAAAUAGCGGACAACUUCGAGCAGUUGACCAAGAAUCCAGAGCGUUUUCUCAAGCCGCAGCCGGAGCAGAUUGGUGCCAUCGAGCAACUCAUACAGCAAACAUACAGCGUAAGCAUCAGCGGAGAUGUGGAGAAUAAAAAGGAUUUGUUGCCCGAAUUGGUGCUCGAGCAGAUGGACGAGGAACAGAUCUGGCAGCAGCUGGAAAUGCGCAACGAACUGGUUUUCCCGCAAUUGCUGGAGAAGACUGCCAAGCUGAUGGCUAUGAAGGAGAAGCACUUGGGCAUCGAGUUGGACGACGACGAAGAAGACGAUGAGGAGGAAAUGCAACCAGAAGAGCAAUUUAAUGAGGAGGCGCCUGGGCAGGAUGCUCCCGACUCAGAUUUUGAUUUUUCUGGCAGCGAUGCCGAGGAUCUGCCCAAGAAAUCUAAACCCAAAGCAAUUAAAACAAAAAAGGGUGGCAAGCGUAUACGAAACUCUGUGGUUGAUGACACAUUCUUCAAGCUGGACGAGAUGAAGGAGUUUCUGGAACAAGAGGACGCCAAGGAGAUGCGGAAGCAGAAAAGUAAGCACCGAGUGGAGGAGGAGGCGGAUGGCAUCGAUUACUAUGCAGAUGAUUUUGGUGUGGGCGAGGAGGAAGAUGAGGAUGAUGUCAAUGUGAAUUAUGCGGACUUUUUCGAAAUGGACGAGGAACUGGAACAGGAGGCGCAAAAGUUAAACAAAAAGAACAAAGGCAAGCAAAGGGAUUACUUCAAUGAAAACGAAGAUGAGGCGGAGGAGGAGGAUGCGGAUGCAGGAGCGGAGGGAAAUGCGGAUGAUAAUGAAGAUGAAGAGGAUGCCGCUGAAGCAAAUGAAGACCAAAAAGAAGAGGAUGCUCCCAGUGAAAUCGAUGAGUCCGAAUUUGUGACUAAAAGUGGCAUAGAACCAGUGGCCAGUGAUUCAGACUCUGGAUCCGACAAAGAAGACAAUGAGGAGGAGGAUGACCAAGAAGAGGCAACACCAGCCGUCCAAUCCUCAAAUGAGCUGCGUGAGGCUCGCCUGUUCCAGCGCAUACGCGACUAUGAGGAUAUUGUGCUCGGCGAGAAGCCCUGGCAGCUUAAGGGUGAGGUCCAAGCGGCCAAUCGUCCACAGAACUCGCUGCUCGAAGAGAUCCUAGACUUUGAAUCCACCACACGACCCACGGCACCGCUGACAGAGGAAGAUAAUCGCUCCAUCGAGGAUAUAAUCCUGCAGCGCAUACGCGACAAGGCCUGGGAUGAUGUGGUCCGCACCGUGCGUGUGGAUAACACGCCGCAGGAGUACCGCAAGCAGCUGGUGCUCGACCAGGAGAAAUCCAAGCAAUCCUUGUCCCAAAUCUACGAGAAGCAAUAUCAGCAGGAGUUGGAGAAACUCGAUCCGAACAAGGAUGCCGAAGACAAUGCCGGACCGGAUCCCAAGGAGCAUCAGGAAAUCAAGCGAAAGAUGCGAACGCUGUUCCUCAAACUCGAUGCCCUUUCCAACUUCCAUUUCACACCAAAACCAGUCGCGCCCGAGGUAAAGAUUGUGACCAACACGCCGGCAGUGCACAUGGAGGAGGUGGCUCCCGUGGCCGUCAGCGAUGCUAAGCUGCUGGCCCCCGAAGAGGUAUUCCGCGGACCCAAGCACGCCCCGCUGGGCAAGACGGAGCGCACACGCACCGACAAGAAUCGCGAGCGCCGCAAGAAGAAGCAAAAGCAACGGGCCAUCAAUGCUGUGCUCGAAACCCGGGAUCUGCAGCGUGCCAAGGAGGGCAAGGCGCCCACGAAACGCGAGGCGGAUGCCAAGCUAUUGAAGACCAUCACCAAGAGUCGCAGUGUACAAAAAACCACCGCCAGCACCAGCGAUCAGGGUGCCUUGAAGUCCUCCAAGGCAUUCUUUAACAAGCUGCAGGACUCGACAGCCCUAGCGGCAAGCGGCGCUGGGAGCAAACGUCCCAAAAAGGACCCGGCCAAAGCGAAUGCCAAAAAACUCAAGCUCUAAUUCUAUGCAUAUUAAGACUUUUCUUUUCCAAUUUCUAAUGUCAUUUGCAUGUGACGUCAGCAGCCAAAAACCAUGUCUCCAGUCACGUGCCAGCAAAUGGCCAAUUCCCGCACACACAUCCACGGCACGCACGCCCACAUGCUCCCCCACGGCGGACGCCUUGGUAAAAGAAGAACUUUGCUAUACUUUGCUCCACCGAAGACUCCCAAUUUGGGGCACCAUGGGAGCUGCCAUGCGACAGCAUUUUGUCGGCUCCCUCUGUGUUUCGUGUGGGGUGUGUGUGGGUGAUCCAAGGCCAUUUAAUGGCCCGACAGGACGAUUAGACACGCGUGUAAUGUCCACAAUUGGAUUAUUUUUAGAAUUAUUUACUUAAAAUAACCUGUAUGCUAUUUAAAUAGAACGGAAACUCAAAAAGUU